UACCGUGUGCUUUUUAAUACUGUGUGCUUGCUUUUUAAUACUGUGUGCAUGCUUUUUAAUACUGUGUGCAUACUUUUUAAUACUGUGUGCAUACUUUUUAAUACUGUGCGCAUACUUUUUAAUACUGUGUGCAUACUUUUUAAUACUGUGUGCAUACUUUUUAAUACUGUGUGCUUGCUUUUUAAUACUGUGUGCAUGCUUUUUAAUACUGUGUGCAUACUUUUUAAUACUGUGUGCAUACUUUUUAAUACUGUGUGCAUACUUUUUAAUACUGUGUGCAUGCUUUUUAAUACUGUGUGCAUACUUUUUAAUACUGUGUGCAUACUUUUUAAUACUGUGUGCAUGCUUUUUAAUACUGUGUGCAUACUUUUUAAUACUGUGUGCAUGCUUUUUAAUACUGUGUACUUUAUUGCUUUUUAA